CAAAGAGGGGCAUCUUGGGGUCACCUACUCUUCAUCUCAGCCAGUAAACCCACUAGAUGCAUAUAUAUAUAAUAUAUGCAUAUAUUUAUAAUAUGCGUAUAUUCUCCCACUUUCUGUUUGGGAGGCAUACCAGGAAAAAUCCUUUACUACUACUAUCACAAUUUUAAGUUUGAUGAGUUUGCUAAAUGAAUGUUUCCCUGCCAAAUGUUUUGUUUUCGGUUGAAUGAUUUUUCAAAUCAUUUGCCAGGGGUUACUGUAAUUGUGCAGGGCAAUGUGAAACUAUCAGUAUGGUGCUUGCAAAGUAAUGUAGGCCUAAGCAGUCAUUACUAAAAAGAAAUUUAGAUGCAACCCUCAGGCUGAGCCCCUCGGUGUCGUUCUGGUGUCUUUUCAUAAUUGCUUGUCAGUUGUUGACAAACCAAUCAGGGUAAAACUUUGGUGUGGUCAUAAUGCAUCUCACAACAGCAUUUUUCACCAUUCCACCUACUGCUGAUGUUUUUCGGGUUUUUUAUGGCCUUGCUUAUGGGAGAUGUUGGCUUUUUACAGGACUUCUUCAGAAACUGUUCAGGUGGCCACCUAAUUCUCUCUUUCGGGAAAGGGAGGAGGCUGCAAAUGUCCAACGAACUUUGGGGGAGUGAUCCACAAGGAGGGGGUAUAGCUGGAGGCUGGUUCGGUGUUAUAAAACAGCACCGCCGCCACUGAGAGCGCAACUUUGAGCUGCCAACAUCCCUGGGUGUCACAGAACUCAAGCCACAGCUGGGACCGCAGGCUGCAAGACCCUCCUCCGUCCUCUACAACACUGCUCCUCGGGAGUCCGGUCCGAUCCGGUCGUCUUGUCCCGCUCCGCAGACAUGGCACUUGUCCUCCGAGUGUUGUCCGCUGCCAUGUUCGCCUCAGCCGUCGUGCUGACUGCAACGUCGGCCGAGCUGAACGAAAUGAUCUAUGCAGUGACUGUUAGCUCCCGUCUGACUGCAGGAAUACAGGAGACCCUGUGUGCUCAUGUCCAGAACCCCACAGAAAGGAUCUCUCUGACCAUCACCCUGACCGUGGGCUCCACCAACAGUGUCAUCCUAAAGGAUACCGUCUCCAAAGAGUACUACCAAUGUAUUAACUUUCAGGUGCCAACAGUGCUGAUCCGAACUAUAGCAGAGAUUCAGGUAACACUGGAGGGUCAGGGUGCCUCCAUGAGCAAGAAGACCAAAGUCAUGAUUGAGCCACCAGGUUUCAUCCACAUUGUGCAGACAGACAAACCCAUCUACAAACCUGGACAAACCGUCAAAUUCCGGAUUGUCUCCUUGGAUGCCAACUUCAUCCCCGUGAAUCGAGUGUACAGAGAGGUGGUGCUCCAGGAUCCCAAUUCAAAUCGCAUUGCCCAGUGGCUGAAUCAGACAAUCGGUGACGGCAUCCUGGACCUGUCACACCCCUCUAUUCCCGAGGCGGCACAGGGAACUUAUACAAUCAGCGUUGUGACGGACAAAGGAGAGGAGAUCUCCCACAACUUUGACAUCAAGGAGUACGUUUUGCCAAAGUUUGAGGUCCAGAUAGACCUGCCCAUUGUGAUAACCAUCCUGCAUAAAACGACCACGUUUAAGAUCUGUGGAAAAUACACUUAUGGGAAACCUGUUCUUGGUGAAGUUAAGGCUGAGUUUUGUAGGAAACACUAUAUGUAUUUCUGGACUACAGAGAAGCCAAAUAACGACAUCUGCAAGAGCUAUAAUUUGAUUCUGGAUAAAAGUGGAUGUGCCACAGGAACUGUGAACUUGACAGAAUUUGCUUUAAACAAGUACUCAUACUUUGACAGUUUUGAGCUAACUGCUGAGUUGAAGGAGCUUGGAACAGGGGUCAUUAUUAAAGGGUCUGGGACAACUACUCUAAGCAGUCAGAUCAAAACCAUCACCUUCGAGGAUGUACCUGCAGCAUACAGGCCUGGCAUACCAUUUGAAGGAAAGAUCAAAGUGGUCGGGCCCGACAACCGACCUGUUGCCAACGAGCUGCUUUACCUGUUUGUCGAAGACUCCAAGAAAAUGGUCCUCACAACAGACUCCAGUGGCAUUACUCAGUUUUCUCUGAACACAUCUGAUUGGACGGCACCAGUCUCUCUCAAGGUUCUCACUAAGGACACAAAGGAAAAUGAACCUUAUGAUCCCAAUGUAAGGAGAGCAGACUAUGGAUCUGCCUACCUGUACGUCUCACCCGCGUAUUCCAAGAGCAAUAGUUUCCUGAAGCUCAAGCAGAUUAGCCAGAGCUUCGCCUGCGACAGAGAUGCAACUGUAACGGCUCAGUACAUCAUUCAAGGAAAGGAAUGGAAGAAGAAUCAACCGGUCCUCAACUUCUUCUACCUGGUGCUGUCCAAAGGUUCAGUUGUGCGUAAUGGUCGUGUCCCAGUGGGUGUCACGGCAGGAACUGUUAACAAAGGGGAGCUGACAUUCAGACUGACUCAGGUGAUAGACCUUGCACCAAUUGCCCAGGUGAUUGUUUACUCUGUGAUGCCCAAUGGCGAGAUAGUAGCAGACAGCCUGGACUUCCCCAUUCAGCUGUGCCUCAAAAACAAGGUUUCCCUGAAGUUCUCCUUCGUUCAGCAGCUUCCAGCGGAGAAGACCACUCUGACGGUGAAGGCCAACCCCAAAUCUCUGUGCUCUGUCAGAGCCAUUGACCAGAGCGUCCUGCUGCUGAAACCAGAGCAGGAGCUCACUGUUGACUAUGUGUUCAACCAGCUGCCUGUGCAGAAGCUGUGGGGGUACAACUACGAGGUGGAGGACUUUGAUCCAUUCUCUUGCUUCCCUGGGCCAUUACCCAGACCAAUCCCUGUGUUGGAGCCUGAAGACGGCUUGCGAUCAAAGCGCUCGCUCUUGUUUCCUGCAUUCUAUCAUCAGUUGGAUGUUUACAGCAUUUUUAAAGACAUUGGAGUCAAGAUUGUGACAAACUCAGAUGUGAAGAAACCAAACGACUGCUUCCUGUAUAAGUUGGACGAAAUGCCAGAGGCUCUUCCCAUGGUAGAUGAUGUGAGGCUGUCAGCCGCUCCAGUUUCUGACAAUCAAGCUGGAAAACCCGAAGAGACAGUUAGAACAAACUUCCCUGAGACCUGGAUCUGGGAUCUGGUCUUUCUUGGAAAUGGCGGAUCAGCAAGCAUUCAGAAGACGGUCCCCGACACCAUCACUAAUUGGGCAGCCAGUGCAUUCUGUGUCUCCCCCACUGGCUUCGGCGUGUCGCCCAACACCGGGCUCAUCGCCUUCCAACCGUUCUUCAUCAGUCUCACCAUGCCUUACUCCGUCAUCAGAGGAGAGGUGUUCACACUAAAGGCCACAGUCUUCAAUUACCUCUCCCAGUGCAUUAUGGUCAAAGUAACUCUGGCUAGUUCUGACCAGUACACCUUCAGAAACUGUGAAGGCUGCCAGUACACCAUCUGUCUGUGUGGAGAGGAGAGCAGGACCUUCUCCUGGAUUGUGACUCCGACUGCUCUGGGCGACGUGAGCCUGAGGGUCCGCGCCGAGGCUCUGAGGAACCGCACUCUGUGUGGCAACAGCGUGGCCACAGUGCCAAUAGUGGGCCGAAUCGACACAGUGAUUGAGACACUGCUGGUGGAGGCUGAAGGAAUCCCUCAGAUGGAGAGCUUCAACGCUCUGCUGUGUCCUGCAAAUGGUCCAGUGGAGAAGAAAAUCUCUCUCAUACUGCCUAAAACGUUUGUGGCCGGAUCAGCCAAAGCAUCCAUCUCUGUCCUGGGUGACCUCAUGGGCCGGGCCCUGCAGAACCUGGAUAAGCUUCUGGCCAUGCCGUAUGGCUGUGGGGAGCAAAACAUGUUGCUGUUCGCUCCAAACAUCUUCAUCCUCAACUACCUGAAAAGCUCUGGUCAGCUGACCGAUGCCAUCCUGGAGAAGGCCAAGCGCUUCCUGGAAAGCGGAUAUCAGAGGCAGCUCAACUACAAGCAUGAUGACGGUUCCUACAGCGCCUUUGGGAACAGCGACCCCUCUGGAAACACCUGGCUCACUGCUUUUGUGAUGAAGUCGUUCAGCGGCGCCAGAGAUUACGUCUACGUGGACCCACAGCACAUCAAAGACCCCAGGACCUGGCUGUCCAGACUGCAAAAGAAAGACGGCUGUUUCACAUCUGUUGGAAAGCUCUUCCACAACAGCAUGAAGGGGGGAGUGAGUGACGAUGUGUCACUGACAGCUUACAUCGUUGCUGCGAUGCUGGAGCUGGACGGAGUCGCCUCGGACCCCGUGGUGCAGAGUGGCCUGAAAUGUCUGACGGACGCUGUGACCGGAGGGUUCGACAACCUGUACACCACGGCCCUGAUGUCGUACACCUUCAGUCUGGCUGGAGAUCAGGAGAUGAGGAGCAAACUCAUCACUAUUCUGGACCAGAAGGCCAAGAAGGAUGGAGGCACCAUUUAUUGGGAGAGAGUGGGGUCUACUGACCAAGGCCUUGAUUCGGUAGAAGUGGAGAUGACCUCCUAUGUGCUGCUGGCACUGCUCAUCUCGCCUCCCAUAAAGAGUUUCAGUUUGGAUUACACUUCUGGCAUCGUCCGUUGGCUCGCUCAGCAACAGAAUCCGUUCGGCGGCUUCUCCUCCACACAGGACACAGUGGUGGCCCUCCAGGCCCUCGCCAAGUAUGCUGCUGCCACCUACAGUCCACAGGGAACAACUACAGUGACUGUCACGUCGCUGGGAGGCCUGAGGAAGGAGUUCACGGUGACACAGAGCAACAGGCUGCUGUACCAGGAAGAGAAGUUGAGGGAGGUCUCCGGAGAGUACACCAUUAGAGCCAGGGGACAGAGCUGCGUACUGGCUCAGAUCUCCAUGUACUACAACAUCCCUCCUCCUGAAGACUUCUCUGUCUUCAUCAUCACUAAGAGCGUGAAAGCGAACUGCACACUCAGCCGACCACAGCUCCAGCUCGAUGUUGCCGUCAGGUAUCAUGGCAGGAGAGCGGAGACCAACAUGGUGAUCAUCAACAUAAAACUGCUGUCUGGGUACCUUCUGGAUCAGAGCUCCCUGCAGCUGCUGCGGGAGGACCGCUCGGUGAAGCGUGUAGACGUAGACCAAGAAUUUAUCGACAUCUACCUGGAUGGGCUGAAAAAGAAUUUGUCACAGACGUACAAGGUGACUCUGGAGGAGGAUCAGCGGGUCAGGAACCUGAAACCAGCUGUGAUUAAAGUCUAUGACUACUACCAGCCGACUGACCAGGCUGUCACUGACUACACAUCCCCCUGUGCAGAGAGUGACAACAACAACAAGGUAUAACUCCGCUUCCAGGGCAGAUGGGACAGCUGAAGGAACUAUUGUGUGACGUCUAGGCUUUCAUCGUGCAUUUUUGCUUCGUUUUAAAACUGUUUUUAAAUUGUGUUGGGAUCGGAAUUUACUUUGGAUAACUUUAGGUACUUUUGUAACUUUUAGCUCUCUUAUCAGGUCUUGUUCUUUUUUUGUCAGCCACACACUGAGCCUAUUUUUAUCUUUGCUGGUGGCUGCAGGAAGAAGCAGUAGUGGUCAGAAUAGUUUGUGCCGUGUCUCUGCUCAACACUGGAACAGUUGCAUUAUAACCCACUGGAUAGAACAGACAGCAGAGGAGUGUUUGUUGUUUUUUUAAUAGAUCUGACAGAAAUCCACAUUAUUCAUACAUGGAAGUGACACGAGACAUACAGGGUACCAGUAACAGCAUGGUCAGAGUACUGACUGUCUGCUAGGAUCUGCUCUGUAAGGGGAAAAAGGAGACUCCAGUCUUAAUGGUGCUGGGUGAUUUAUUCUGUGUACACGUACCUGCACAAGUGUUCUGCUGUACCAGUAAAAAAUAAGAAGUUAUAUUCAUAUGUGACUACUGUACAAUUUCAAUUGCAAGUUGUAAUUAAAGUUCUAACAUGACAA